AUGUAUCCACACGGCGUGUCCCGGUUGAACCGUCCGGGAACGACGCAACAGGGGAACUUUUCCCAGCCCUUUUCCCACAACUACAACUCCCAGAACGCUCCAAUAGGAACAGGUCCAUCUUCAGCUGCUUCCAUGCAACUUCCCCAGCCGACGAUGAUGGCGCUGAACUCAAUUUUGACCUUGGGGCCGUAUAGACACAGGAAGGAUCUUUCCCGUCAUCUGGUGCUACUGAACUAUACUGUCAUUGGGUAUAUUGCAGCAGGAACGUACGGUAAGGUCUAUAAGGCCAAGCUGAAGAGCGAUAGGACCAACGGAAGCACAGACGACUUGGGGGAGGUCAGCAGACAACUAGAAAAACAAGAGCCAGAGGAGGACCAGAGGCUAUAUGCUAUCAAGAAGUUCAAAUCAGAUAACCAUCUGAGCAUGGCUCAUGCGCUAGGAGCCAACGCCCAUGAAGGCGGCGCUUAUACUGGGAUCUCCCAGUCUGCCAUUAGAGAAAUGUCGUUGUGCCGGGAGCUCAACCAUAAGAACAUUACGAAGCUCAUGGAGAUCAUGCUUGAGGGGAAGAGUAUCUAUAUGGUGUUUGAGUUCUUUGAGCAUGACUUGCUUCAAAUCAUUCAUUAUCAUCUGCAUCCGGACGUGAAGCCUAUUCCGGAACACACAGUAAAGUCACUUAUAUGGCAGGUGUUAAACGGCGUGACGUUUUUGCAUAAGAACUGGGUUUUCCAUCGAGACCUUAAACCGGCCAAUAUCAUGGUUUCUAGUGAUGGAGUGGUGAAAAUUGGUGACUUGGGACUUGCCAGGAAGUUCAAUAACCCACUUCAGAGUUUGUACACGGGAGAUAAGGUCGUGGUCACUAUCUGGUAUAGGGCCCCAGAGCUUUUAUUGGGUACUCGUCAUUACACUCCAGCUAUUGAUCUUUGGGCUGUGGGAUGCAUUUUGGCAGAGUUGCUUUCUCUCCGGCCUAUCUUCAAAGGUGAAGAGGCUAAAUUUGAUAUGAGCAACAAAAAGCUGAUUCCGUUUCAAAAGAACCAGCUACAGAAGAUUUUUGAGAUCCUCGGCACCCCAACAGUCGAACAGUGGCCCAGUCUUCCAAAGUACCCAGACUAUUACGCAUUUCAACAGCAUUUCCUUCAGAAAGGAACCCCGUACCAACCAAAUCUCAGCAAUUGGUACAAGAUGAUUGGCGGCAAGAGUAAAGGCUGCCUUACAUUGCUUCGUGACUUACUCCAUUACGAUCCUGCUACCAGGGUUUCUGCAGACGGAGCACUCCUUCAUCCAUACUUCCUUGAAGCACCCGUGGUCAAGGAAAAUGCAUUCGAGGGCUUGAACGUGAAGUAUCCAAAGAGAAGGAUCUUCACCGACGACAUCGACAUUACAGCGCAAAACACAAACUUCAGCAACAAGAGACAUUAUGAUGAUGGUUUGUCCAGAAAGAGGCAGAGAGGGUAA